AUGGUGAGAACCUACCGGAUUCUGCCUCCGUCGCUGAAUCCAAGGCCGGAAUCCAAAUCGGUCAACCCUUUGACUUGCCGCCCAACCGCUGGAUUAUUCACCAAAGUGCCAUCGAAGCCGACCAACCACUCCAAGUUCACCGGAAAAUGUGGUCAGGCAAGGUGCCUUGAGUGCCAUAUGCAUCCCAUCACCAAAUCCAAAGUCAAAACUAAAGGCUCUUCGAAGAUGAGAUCGAAUGACGUCACCUACAAGAUGCUGACUUGGCAGGUUGCUGAUGGUGGGCCCAGACCCGGUUUGAAGCUUUCCGGGUUCUCUGCUACCGGAAUCCUUGAUCUUAUGUCUGAUGAUUAUGGUUAUGAUCAUGAUUAUGAUUAUGAAUCUGAUGAAGAAGUAUUACAAGAAGAAGAAGUAGAAGAAGAAGAAGAAUACAAAGAAAAAUUGUCUUUGCCUUUUGCUUUGUAA